UCGAUACCAACUUCAUAUGUCUAUAGCAUUUAAAUGUUAUUUUUUUAUCAUUUCUAACCUAAUUUUACUUAAAACUCAUUUAUUGAAUCUUUCAAUCAGUAUAUUUCAUGUAUUUCCUUAUCAAAGUUAUUCGUUAAAUUUUUACAUAUGUCUAUAUUGCAUGAAAAACAAUAAAGUAACAUUUAUUUCAUUAAGUAAAUCAUUAAUUUUCAAGUAAUAUGAUAUCAAUAGAAGAAAUUUCUAAUAUACCCUUUGCUCCAUUGGUCACUACAUUAUUUGCAAUUCAAUGGACACCGAAUAACUAUAUAUCUGUUAUUACAGAAGAAGGAGUUCAUGUAUUAGAAUUAGUACCUUCUUUGGAGAAUCCUCAACCAAAUGCUACAUUUUCAUGGUCUUUUAUAUAUGCUCCUGAUUAUUUGCCUGCACACACAUUUAUUAAUGAAAUAACUUCCUUGACAUGGAAUAUAAAACGCAGAGAAAUAUAUUCGCUCUUACUAGAGGCUGCUUUGGCACCUAAAAUCAAUGAUGCAGCCGAUGUAUUACCAAGGAUAAUUGAUGUAUCGUGGUCGCCAGAAAAUUUAAUCCAUCCUAGGAAGUCUAUACUUGCAAUAAUAACUUCUGUCGGUGCUGUUGAACUUUCACAUAAAAUAUAUAAUGUAAGAAUUUGGUAUUCCUUAUGUAAUAUUUCAUCUAUAUGGUUACAAACGGUUGAAGAUAGUAUUAAAUCUAAUCUUAAUAAUUGUGAAAAUGAAGAAUCACGUUUUAUAAGCAUACAAGAAAAUCUUAGACGACUGCAAGCUUGUGCAAUGACAUGGAGCGAAUUAUUUCAAUUAGAAAAUACUUAUUAUGCAUACUUUGUAACUGCUUUUCGUAGUUCGGAUGUAGUGAUUUGGAAAAUUGAUCAAGUAACUCAUUCUACUGAGAAUGUAACACCAACCAUAAUAUCUAAAGUACAUUUAAAUAUGGACACAAAAAUAAAUGUAUUACUAUGGUGUACUAUAAAACCAAACAUGUACUUAAUUAUUAUUGGAUGCUGUAAUGGCCAAAUCCAAGGUCUUCUGUAUAAUGGUGAUAAUAAAUGUUUAGAAAAUACAGGAGUAGAAAAAUAUUAUAAUUAUUCAGAUCGUAUCGUAGUCAAAUCUUUACUUAUGGUUUCACAAAAUGAAAAUGGAAUGCAAUUUAUUGCUUGUAAAACUUUCUUUAUCCUACUGUUUGGCUUGACUAGCACGGGUAAAUUAAUGUCUACACAUUAUUUACAAAUAGAAGGAUUUUCAAUCUCAGGAAUCACUGUUAUUGGUCCUGAACGUGUUUUAAUUACCACACAAAAUGGCAUGAUGUAUACGUUUGAUACGCAAGAAAAUAACUUAAAAAGUAUUCCAAUAAAUUAUAAAUUACCUCGGGCACGUGUUCAAUAUUUAGGUCUUGCUUGUUCUCCUAAUCAUGCCAUGUUAAUUACUGUAACAAGUCCUAAUAGUAUAUUUGAUCACUUAGUAAAUAGAGAACCAAGUACAUUAUACAUAUUAUCCUUAAAUGGAAAAGAAUGGGAUCCAAAGAAUAUAAUACAAAUUUAUAGCAAUAAAAAUUCAAACUUACCUUGGGAUUGUCUCGAAUUAAUCAGACUCAAAGCUGCUAACAUUUCAGAUCCAACGAGUGUGUUACCUAAAGUACCACAAAAUUUAGAUUCCAUUCCAUUAUAUGAAUUAAAAAUAUCAAUGUGGCUGUCACUUAUGACUGAAGCAUUAACAAAGAAAAAGGUAAUUCAAGAAAUCGAAUAUGAAAAAGAAAUAGCAGAAAUUCAAUCACUAAUUUUUAUUCAUUGUGCGUGUGCAUAUCUUGAUCGUUUAGUAAAUAAAACACAUUUAUCAAAUGAUCAGGAAAUGUCUGCAAACCUGUUAAGAAUGUAUUUGGAAAUUUAUCUUGCUGGUGAAGAGGGAGAAGAAGAAUCAAUUAUAACAAAACAUGCACGAGAAGCAUUAAAUAAAAUAUCUCAUUUUAAAUUAAAAUUGGAAUCAUGUAAUCUAUGCGAAGAAAUGAUUAUUGAAUUACCUUGGAAAACUAAUCAAUGUCCAAGCGGACAUAUAUUAUCUAGAUGUGCUUUAACCCUUCUUCAAAUUCCAAGCCUACAAUAUCGAAUUUGCCCAAUAUGUGGGAAAGUGUAUCAUCCCUGCUUAGACCAAGAAUAUGAAGAAGUACUAUGUCUGUUUUGUAAUAUACCUGCUUUAUAUGAUGGUCGUUUUCUAGAUAAACAAGAUUCGAUAUUAUAUGCAAGAAAUUUAUCAAAACCCCAAAUAUCCUUAUUAGAAUUAUCAGGAAACCAAGAUUCUGAAAUGUUUGAAAACUCAUCAUAUACAGAAGAACAGCAAACUGAGGAAGAAUCUUCUUCGAUAGCUAAUUAUGAUAAAGAUGAAACUGCUAGUACUAAUGAAAAUUGGGACAUGAUUUGAUUAUUAUUGUAUAGUAAUAGUUGUUGUUAUUACUCUCCAUUUUACGGGUUUGAACAAUUUUUUUACAACACCUUCUCAUCACAACUCACCACUUUUUUACAAUACGAUUUUAGUGAUCGUUCAGGAAUUUGUUUUAUUAAUGAUAUUUACUCUAU